AGAAGAAGACGAACCGGGCUCGUUCUUUUAAUACAUCCAUGCGUGACACUAUGGAUGUAGAGACCUACACAGGGAUAAAAGCAUGAUGUAGAGACCUACACAGGGAUAAAAGCAUGAAUAUAUCCAUGGCUGUACGACAACUGCGCGUGUUUUGAUAGCUAGAUAGGUCGGCUUCUAAAGCGGGUUGCAUCCUCUUUUUUUUCCGGGAUUAGGCGCCACUGUACCGCUCAUAUUGAUCGGAGAUGGGACUCCAAGUUCUGCUGUGGUGGCCGAAUAUUAUCGGAUACAUUAGGAUUGGCCUUGUGUUUGCUGCAUGGGCUGCCUAUAAGACACCAGCAAUCUUUGUCUCUCUUUACUCAAUCUCCAUAGCACUAGAUGGAGUGGACGGCUGGCUGGCAAGGAGGCUGGGUCAGACUUCCAGGUUUGGAGCCUGGCUGGAUGUAGUGGUGGACAACCUGGGCAGAGGCAUGCUAUGGAGCCUGCUGUUCAAGUGGGGUUGGCUGGUGUCUGCCUUGGAGUGGUGCGUGUUUGUGUGUAACCACAAUGCCAGAGGUGACCACUGGAAGAACAGUUUCAUCACCAGCCCUCGAUUCAUACAAGCCAUCAUGGCAAACGGGUUUCGGACACCUCUUGGCACAUGGGUGGUGAGUGGGCUGCACUGCCUCCCCCUGUGGCUGUAUGGGUAUCAGUGGGGCUUACUAUCCCACUGGCUGUAUCUGCCUCCCUGGAUCCAGGCUUUGGGGACCCUGUUGCUGGCUGCAGGCCGCCUGCUGGCUCUAUCAGUGGAGAUAUGGUGUAUAUGGACACACAUCGAAUACCUCACCAAUGAUGAGCCGGAAGAGAAAAAAGAACUGAAAGCCACUGGGCAAUCUAGAAAAGGUCAUCCAUGCUGUCAUCUCCUCCAGACUUGACUAUUGCCGCACGCUUUAUCUGGUGUCAGCAGGUGAAACAUCCAAAGACUUCUACAAAACACUGCUGCCAGGCUUUUAACCCGUUCUGAGAUAAGCAACCACAUCACACCAAUUCUUGCUGUCUGUCCUUCAUUGGUUACCUGUAAGGUUUAGAAUUGAUUUUAAGAUAUAACUGCUUGUUUUUAAAGCCGUACAUUGCCAGGCUCCUGUCUGUGCUCUGCUAACUCCCCAUAAGCCUGAUUGCUGCUUGAGAUCCUCUAGCAGGGCCCUAAUGAUUCCUAAAUCCCAAUUUAUUAUUAUUUAUUAGGUUUGAUGUUCCUCACCUCUUUUUUUAAAAAUC